CAGCUGUGUAUUGUUUACAUUUGAGUUGAAUCACGUGUUUCGGAAGCAUUUUGACCAAAAAACGGAAAUCAAGAUUACCUAUGUUAAAAACGACCGAACUUCGUUUGGACAGGUGGACUUUUCAUCCAAAGAAUGUCCAUCUUGCUGGAUAAUGACUGCAGUGAUAUCAAGCCACGACUCUGCACUACAGAUGACAAUAACCAUCUUCAUAUAAAUCAGAAAGUUAUAGGAUUUCUAUCCGGAUUCGUCCCGAUAGGUAUACAUCAUGUUCCAUACCCUGGUACUGGAGAAAGCGGAAACAAGAUAACAAGCGCUUACGACGAGGCCCUCAAGACUGUAGGCUACGGCCGACUGGAGAAACAAUGUACCAUCUACUAUAACAAUCCUUUUGAUCCAAGGCUUACUUUUAAUGGACUCGGCCACCUUCUGACUGUCACGGACACUGAAGCAGGUUCCAUGUCGAAGGAGCAGCUAACACAGAACGUAUUCCUUGCUUUAGAAAACACGAAUCUCGUCAUGGAUGACUUUUUAAAUCAAAGCCGGAUCUUUUAUCAAGCUCUGUGCAGUACCACCGAUCUGGACCUCCAUGUCGACCCAAACAGGUAUAAACUGUUUCCGGAAAUAGACGGAAACGUUUCGGACGAUGGAUCCGAAGACUGUAAACGCAUGUUUAGCAAAAUAUCCAGCCUCCCAGUGAAGAACAUUUGGGGAGAUACACCAGGGACCACAGGGGGCGCCGCGACAGUCCUUAGGUCGGAUCAGACAACUGAAAAGACGGGUACAGCAAAGGAGGAAUGUAGGUCUGGUACAGGAGAGACUCCGUCCAAGGAAGAUGAGGAUCCGGACCCACCGCAUAUUAACAAGAUACGAUAUUCAUACCAAAGGCUUGAGGGCAAGAACAAGUCGAGCGUUGAACCAGCUUGGAACGCGUCAAUGAGUCCCGAAGAGGCGUCAACAUAUGACCAUGUUGAACGGGAAAUAGAGCAGGUCAUGUCCGAGGAGUCGGACCCGGAAGAGCCAUGGGAUGAUACAAGAUUCAACGGAUAAGCCAACACAAUUGAUGGCAGGAGAUCAGGACACGGGAGACCGAGCUGUAACCAAGCCAGAAAUAGAACCGUCCCCGCCAAAAUGUCCAAAACAAACCGCCCAGACAGAAGAAGAAACGAUGAAGGAACCUACCCUGUCUACCCACUAUUCCGGAGAAUCGGACGUCUCCACAGUCGAGUCGAAGCCAGGACUAGAUCGGGUACCUCCAGAUCCUUGCCGUAAUGACUGCGAUCCAACAACUGCAGCGACUGAAGUUGGGCCAGGCCAUGAUGCUAUGGCGGCAGCAAAGAUCCAGGAAUUCAAACAGGAGAUGGAGAGAAUUAUUGCUGGGC